UGAGCUUCUGAAAUCAAUAGCAAAAUUGAUAAUGGCUGAAUCAAUAUCUCCGAUGAAUGGCGGCAGCGGCACAUAUAGUUACGCUAGAAACUCCACUUGGCAGAGAAACGGGGCGCUUAUUGUGGAAGAUGCAGUAAAAGAGGCAGUGGCGGAGAGCCUUGAUCUAGCAAAGCUGUUGUGUGAGUCCAACACAUUCGUCGUCGCAGACCUCGGAUGUUCGGUGGGGCCCAACACAUUCUACGCCAUGGAAACCAUCAUCGGUGCCGUGCAGCAACUUAAGUGUGACCGAAGCCUCGAGUUCCAAGUUGCGUUCAACGAUCGAGUAGGCAACGAUUUCAACACUCUAUUUGCCUCUCUUCCUGAGCAUGGGAGGAACAGGAACUACUUUGCGGCGGCCGUGGCGGGCUCCUUCUACGGCAGGCUCUUCCCUUCCUCUUCCGUCCACAUCGCCUAUUCCUCGGCCUCGCUCAACUGGCUGUCCAAGGUGCCCGAGGGGUUGACCGCGGAAGGCUCUCCUGCGUGGAACGCUGCAAAGAUCCAUUACAGCGGCUCGUCCGACGCGGUGGCCAGGGCUUACGAGGAUCAGUUCGAGGAAGACAUGGAGGUGUUUUUCAGAUGCAGAGCGCAGGAGAUCGCGGCCGGAGGGCUGAGGCUGUUUAACAUGGCCGUCGUGCCUAGCAAAGACGUGCAGCAUCGUAUAGCUUCAUUGUUUACUUUUAUCGAGUCCAUCCUCAUCGACAUGGUCAAAGAGGGAGUAUUAGCGCAAGAGCGAGUGGAUUCGUUCAACAUUCCUAUUGUAUUUCCUUGGGUGGAGCAAGUAAGGAGAUUACUUGAGAAAAAUAAAUGUUUUGAAAUUGUGAAAAUGGAAAAGGUGGAAAUUGCAGGAAAGAGGGAUAGUAAGACUUCAGUAAUGCACAUUAGAGCAGGAUUGGAAGGAACUUUGAGUAAUCACUUUGGAAGUGAGAUUGUGGAACAAGUUUUUGAGAGGGCCAUCCAACAACAACACAACCUCCAAGUCAAACAUAUUGACAUAAGCUCCACCGGUAUCUUUGUUGUGCUCAGGCGCAACUAAAUAAACGCACGCUUUAAUCCAUAUUUGAUGACAUCCUUUGUAUUAUUGUAAAUUAUAUAACUUUUUUCUCUCUUUAACAAGGUAGAAUCAUAUCAAUAAAUGUUUGCAAGCUCAAAAAUUGUACAACUAUAUACACAGGAUUAUUCAAAUAUAAAUGUUCCAGCUAA